UUUGCUUUUGUACUUUGCUAUGAAAGUGAGUGCUUUAUGACAUUGGUAGAACACUUAUAAUCUAUUCAGAAUCUAAGUAAUUUUAGAAUGUCUCAAGGACAGUAGAAAUCAGACAGAAACAUCAUCACCUUAAGUCUUGAGUAAUGACGGAAUUACACUUCAAAUAUCAUGGAAAUCUCACUGGGCGGGCCCACUUUCCUACACUGGCAACGGAGGUUGAUACCACUUCAGACAAGUAUUCGAACCUGUACAUGUAUGUGGGCUUAUUCCUGAGCCUUCUGGCCAUUCUCCUCAUCCUGCUCUUCACAAUGCUACUUCGGCUGAAGCAUGUCAUUUCACCCAUAACUUCUGAGAGCACAGAGAAUUCUCCUCAAUUCACAGAUGUAGAGAUGCAGAGUCGAAUACCCACCCCUUAA